AUGGCAUUUCGUAACCAAUCUCAGUAUAGGAGUUGGAACGCGUUGGCUUUGGGUAUAAAAGAAGAGUCUGUGGAAAAACCUGAUAAAGUUGAUGAUUCAUCGUCUAAGGAUCCUUGGCGUAGACCAAGAAGAGAAUCAUGGUCCCAACCACCACAACGCGGUCGAGGUACAAGAGGAAGAGGUGUUUGGUUUAUUGAUAAUAGACCACGGACUCUUCGUCGUCGUAACACUAUGCCAAAUUCGAGAGACGAUUAUCAAGAUCAUGAUCCAAUUUAUAAUAAUCUUAAUAAUGAUAGAUCAAAUGAUUGCAAUCAAUUUGGGGUUGACCCAAUUUGGGAAGAAUCUUCUCGGAAUUUUUCAACCUCUCCCGAUUUCGAUUGCAAAAAUGAUGAUGAUAGCGAAAUAAAGUAUGAGGAUCAAAACUGCCAAGAUGAAUCAUCCCCUUGGAAUAGUAAACCAUAUUCUUCUAAUCAUAUCUACCAUCCUCCAAGGUCGAGAUCUACCUCCUACAUUAAGGAUCAUUGGAAAACCUAUUCGAAUAAUGACGAUGGAACACAAUCCAGUGGUUACUCCAAUGGUUAUGAACCGGAUAAUUAUAAAGUUCAACGGAAAAGAGAAUUUACGAAUAACGUGCCGGAUCAGACGUGGGUUCAUGAUAAAUACGAGACCCUUGAAUCCGAUUCAGAUUCAAGGGAUAAAAAAAACGCGUCAACACAAGUCUCAACUUUAGACUUAAAUAAUGGGUUGCCAGGAGAAAACAAUGCUAAAAAAGUUAUGGUAUCAUCAUGUGAGUUUUCAAAAAACAGUGAACCUAAAUCAUGGAAAGAUCAAACUAAAGACGAUAAGAACUUAGAAUUGCCAAAAGAGAUUACGAUAAAGUUCUCCGAUUUAACAUUGAAAGACAGCAACAAGGAAAAAUCCGAGUCUAUUAUCUCACAAACACCAAUUCAAGAAGAAUUAUUAUUAAUUGAGUCGGAAGUAACAUCUGAGGUGACCUCCAAGAUAACCUCCGAAAUAACAUCUGAAGUAACUCCAAAGGAAAUAGAGUUACCAAUGCUAAUUAAUCUGGAAGAAGAAGAUAAUACUGGUCUACAACCAAUUCAGCCAAGGAUCUCGCAAGAUAUUUUAAAAGUAGAUUGGGAAGGUUAUCAAAUUUCUCUAAUCGAAGAAGAGUUAAAACUCACCAUGGAACGACAAUCCAUUCAAACGCUUUCAAUGCGUAGAAAUCAAACAUUUAGAACAACGGUUUGGGAUCCACUUCUCAUCCUUUCUCAGAUCAUUGCUUUGCAAACUUUAUAUUAUACAUCUAUCUCUCUUAUUACCCUUUUCACUCUUUUAGUAACAGGAACCGAUAUAACAUUAGACCACUUAUUAGACUAUCGAGAGUUCAGGGCAGACACAGUCUUAGGAUGGACAAUAGGGUUUGCAUGGAUAGCAAAUUCUAUACGCGCAAGACUUGUUUUAGAUUUUAGUUUAACUUUACAUUUUUUUCAUUUACUGAUAACUACUUAUUACUCCGGUCAUAUGCCUACGACAUUUGUAUGGUGGGCUUUAAAUGCAACAACAUGUUGUAUCAUGAUUUUUGGUGGUGAAAUUUAUUGCAUGAGAAAAGAGAUGGAACCAAUUCUAUUAAAUGAUGAGAUAGGAGAAGGUGCUGGUGGUGGCGCCAGUGGUAGCAGUGCAGCGGUGAAAACUAAAACAAGUGCUGACGUUGAUAGAGAUAGAUAUGAAAUGGUACCAAUGGAAGAGAUAGAAGUUGGCGGAUAA